AUGAGUAUCACGGGCAAUAUCAUGAAUUAUAUGCCUAAAACUAUGAAUAUCUCGAGCACAUUCAUGAAUCAGGCGCCUAGCGCGCUUAAAUCUACCGGGCAUUACUUCCAAAUACAGGUUUCUAGUAUCAAAAGUAUCAUCAAAGCUAUCUACAACACAGAGAAACAGGAGGAAGGGACACUUACUUGGAAGAAGAGGAGUACAAACAAUGGUGGUUGGAGUAAUCAACGACGAACAGUGUGGCGGUCUCAACGGCGUUACGGGAACCAACGACUGUGGAAACAGAGAAAUAAGGAGGAGCGUGAAGAGGAGAAAUAG